AAGCUCCAUAUAAACAAUGAUAAUCAUGAUUGUCUCUAAUAACAACUUUCCCUUUAUCCUUCCCUUGUGCCUUUCACUCAUUCACUGCCUCUAGCAACAAUGACUUCCUUCUUCCUUUUUACAAACACACUAUUUCUUGCACUCAUGAUGUUUUUUUCCACCACCCAUCACAUCCUUGCUCAAUUGUCACAUACCAAUGGAACAAACUUUUCAUGCCCUGUGGACUCACCUCCAUCCUGUGACACAUAUGUAACAUACUUUGCUCAGUCUCCAAAUUUUUUGACCCUUACAAGCAUAUCUGAUCUAUUUGACACCAGCCCUCUUUCAAUAGCAAGAGCAAGUAAUAUAAAGGAUGAGAAUCAGAACCUUGUUCCAGGCCAACUCUUGCUGGUACCUGUAACUUGUGCUUGCAGUGGAAGCAACUCUUUUUCCAAUAUCUCACACAUGAUCAAAGAGGGUGAAAGCUACUACUAUCUUUCAACCACUUCAUAUGAGAAUCUCACCAAUUGGGAGACAGUGCAAGAUUCAAAUCCUAAUUACAAUCCAUAUCUGUUGCCAGUAGGCAUCAAAGUAGUGAUCCCUUUGUUCUGCAAGUGCCCUUCAAAUUACCACCUGAACAAAGGGAUAGAGUAUCUGAUUACUUAUGUGUGGCAUAACAAUGACAAUGUUUCCCUCGUAGCUUCCAAGUUUGGUGUAUCAACACAGGACAUAAUUAGUGAAAACAAUUUCAGCCACCAGAACUUCACUGCUGCAACAAACUUUCCAAUUUUAAUCCCAGUGACUCAGUUACCAUCUCUUUCUCAAUCUUAUUCUUCAAGUGAAAGAAAGAGAAGCAAUCAUAUUCAUAUUAUAAUUUCUAUUGGUAUCAGCCUGGGAAGCACUCUUCUGAUUGCACUUUUGGUACUGGUUAGUGUAACUUGUCUGAGGAAGAGAAAGAGUAGUGAAAAUAAGAGUUUGUUGUCUGUGGAGAUUGCAGGCAAGAAGUUAAUUUCUGGAGUUUCAAACUAUGUAAGUAAGUCAAUCUUGUAUGAAUUUCGUUUAAUUAUGGAAGCUACUUUGAACCUCAAUGAGCAGUGUAAGAUUGGAGAAUCAGUGUACAAGGCAAAAUUGGAUGGUCAAGUUUUAGCUGUGAAGAAAGUAAAGGAAGAUGUGACAGAGGAGGUGAUGAUUCUACAGAAGGUAAAUCAUUUAAAUCUGGUGAAACUAAUGGGUGUCUCUUCAGGACAUGAUGGGAAUCACUUCCUUGUGUAUGAAUUUGCUGAAAAUGGGUCUCUUCAUAACUGGUUGUUCUCCAAUUCUUCAACUGGUUCAAGAUUCCUCACAUGGAGUCAGAGGAUAAGCAUAGCAGUUGAUGUUGCCAUGGGUUUGCAAUACAUGCAUGAACACACUCAGCCAAGUAUAGUCCACAGGGACAUCACAUCAAGUAAUAUCCUUCUUGACUCCAACUUUAAGGCCAAGAUAGCAAAUUUUUCUGUUGCCAGAACUUCAAUCAAUCCCAUGAUAUUAAAAGUAGAUGUCUUUGGUUAUGGAGUGGUUCUAUUGGAGUUACUGUCAGGGAAGAAAUCCUUAACAAACAAUGAAAUUAAUCAUAUUAGGGAGAUCUUUGAUCUAAAAGAGAAGAGAGAGGAGAGGAUUAGAAGAUGGAUGGAUCCUAAGAUAGAGAGCUUGUACCCUAUUGAUGAUGCUCUCAGCUUGGCCUUUUUGGCAAUGAAUUGCACAUCAGAAAAGCCUCUGUCAAGACCAACCAUGGGAGAAGUUGUUCUUAGCCUCUCCCUUCUCAUGACUCAACACUCUCCUACCACAUUAGAGAGAUCAUGGACUUGUGGGUUAGAUGUAGAUGUUACAGAAAUGCAAACUUUGAUAGCAGCUCGUUGAUUGCGGUGUCCCAAUGUUCUACUUUUUUUAUAUUAGCUUGUCACAGUGUCCGUGUCAGAGUCGGUGUUUCAUAGGUGCAUGUAAAUUAAGUUCUAUCUUUCAAAUAUGGUGUUCACUUUGACUAUGUGUUUUAGGCAGCUAGAUUUGGCACCCCACUCAUUAGAAAUAUCACCCCACUUUCGGAAAUAAGGUUUCCGAAGUAUUUUUUCACUCAAAAGUGAGAUGUUACAUGUAUUUUGCACUACAAAUCAUGAAUUAAUUUCGGAAUAUAAGAUUCCGAAAUAAUUCGGAACCCAAAAAUCCGAAAAUUGGGGGUGUAAAAUCUAAGGGUUGGGGUGCCAAAUCCAGCUCUCUGUGUUUUAGUUAAUAAAUGUAUAUAUGUGUAUAUGUGUAUGUGCAUACAUCAUCUUUGUGUACAUAAGUUUUCCAGGUUUCAUUUUUCCACUUAUUACUAUCUCAGAACUAAUAGUCUUAUCUUAUGUGCCUGUUUAUAUUAAGUACAUACAAGUAUAGGAAAGGAAGAUGAUGGUUAAAAACAUUUUUUGCUACUGGAUAACAUGACCUUAACUGUUUUCAUAUUGUGCUUCCUUUCAAUAUCAUUUGUAAUGCCUUAGAUAUUUGGAAAUGUUUUCUCUCGUCACGAAUUUUUCACAUAAUCUGAGUUAUUGGAUCAUUUCCAUCUGUAUAUAGUGAACGAAUUUCUUUGCUUAACGACUAGAGUUUCUGCACGUUUCAGCUGAUUCAGUAGCAUAGUGGAUAGAAACUUGCUAGGUCAAAAGAGAUACUUAAAAGUACAAAGAUCUCCAUAUUAAGCUAAAGAGCUGUUGAGAAUAUGAAUCAAUACCUAUUAUUAGAGUUAAUAAAAUCUAGGAUUCCUAUUGUUAUAAGUUUUAAUUGUAGGAAUUAUGGAUGUUAGUGGGCAUGUUACAAAAUCAUGGUAGUUUUAUUUCCAAUUUAUUUUCCAUCAAGGGAAGAAUAUUUAUAUUUUUCUUGUAUUUAAAGGUUGUUAGUAUCAAUGAAAUUGUGUGACCUUCCAUUUCACUCGCCUCUAUUUCCAACAAUUGGUAUCAAAAGCUUCUUUACUCGAGGGACCUAGUGAGGUUGAGAGUUCCACCAAAAUCUCAAAUACAUACAUAGAGAGAUCAAAAUGCAAUAAGAUAAUUCAGUCUUCUCAUUGCUAGUUUCUUAGGGUGAGAAAUAUACCUAUGGGCAAUCAGAAUAGAGGUGUUUCUUGAUGCGAGUGAUCUUUGGGAGGUUGUUGAGACUUGAGAGGACUGAGGUUAGAAAUUACAAGAAAUCCAACGUUUAAUCAAAUGAGGUACCAUGAGGAAAGAAAACAAUGAAAAUCAAAGGCAAAACCUUGCCUAUUUUAUGUUGUUUCUCCAGCAAUCUUUACCAGAAUUGUGACUCUGAAAUCAGCAAAGACCAUCCAUUUGGGAUUUUCUCAAGCAGGAGUAUGAAAAAAAUGAGAAAGUUAAAGGGAUAUAAGUGCUGAAUUUAAUCAAAGAGUUUGAGAUGCAGAGGAUGAAAGAGUUAGAAAAGGUUAAAGAGUAUUUUGACAGACUUCUAAGCAUUGUCAACAAGGUGAGAUUGCUUGGAACAUAGUUUUCUAAUACAAGGAUAAUGCAAAAAAGCCUCGUAACCUUUUCUGAGAGGUUUGAAUCCACUAUUCUUCUUUGCAAAAUUUCAAAGAUCUGUCAAAUAUCACUUUAACAAGCUUGUUAUAUGCGUUGCAAGCCCAAGAACAAAGGAGACUUAUGAGGGAGUAAGGCGUCGACGUUGAAUGUGCUUUACUUGCCCAAUUGAAGCUCAAUCAUGUUUAUGAAGGGAAGAAAACGAAGACUCAAGGCAGCAACUCUAAGCAAGGAGGAAGUUCUAGCAAACGCGAUGUAGAAGAAGAAGAGGCCAAAGUAUCCUCCUUGUAAACAAUGUGGAAAGAGGAAUCGUCCUCAUUCAGAUGCAGAAAGAAGCCUAAUUUACGUUUCAACAAAUGCAAUUAAGUUGGUCAUAUUGCAGUUAAAA